AUGACUGAGGUGACGCUCCCCAUACCUGUGCAAGCAGGUCCCAGGCCGGCCUGCUUCUCCACGGAGAAGGAGCAGCUGCCGUACCCGGCUCUGGCCCCGGAGAUUGUGGAUUCCUUCGUCUUGGUGUAUUUUGUCCUGGAAAUGCUCAUCAAGAUGUUGGCCAAGGGAGGCUACGGCUAUGAGGGGAGUUACCUCAGCAACCCCUGGAACAAAUUGGACCUUUUCAUUAACUCUGUAGAGAUGUUUGACUACUUCCUGGUUUAUCUCGGCCUCCACUUGCCAGUCUGUCAAGUACUCGCGCCGAUGCGACUGAUCAGCAGAGUCACAAGUAUGCGUGACGUGGUGACGGUGCUCUUGGACAUCUCGCCCAUGCUUGUGAACGUGCUGAUACUCUACCUGUUUGUCAUCCACAUCUUCGCGGUAAUGGGAGUCCAGCUUUGGGCGGGGCAGCUGCGCAACCGAUGCUUCCUGGGAGAGAACAUCACAAAGUACAACGUGUCCUUAGAUUCAUUCUACAUGACCAAGUACGAUGAGCAGUACCCGUUCAUCUGCUCCCCCGAGGGCAUGAACGGGAUGCGCCGCUGCCACGACGUGCCGCCGUACAAAGAGAAUGGCCGAAAGUGCUCUUUAAACCCCCCCCAGCGUGCGUCGGGUGGUGCGAUCGUCCCCACAGCGGCUGGAGCCGACGCCAACGCCUGUGUCAACUGGAACCUGCUCUAUAACGUCUGUCGUUCCGGGGACCACAACCCUCACAAGGGAGCCAUCAACUUUGACAACAUCGGCUAUUCCUGGAUAACCAUAUUCCAGGUUGUCACACUGGAAGGAUGGUCGAACGUCAUGUUUAAUGUCAUGGAUGUGUAUUCCUUCUGGAGUUUUCUCUUUUUCAUGCUCGUCACCAUUAUGGGCUCCUUCAUCAUGAUGAACGUGUGUGCGGUCGUCAUCGCCACCCAAUUCUCGGACAACUUGGGAAGACGUCAGGAGACCAGAGCAGCAGGAGAGCAGCGGGCGCCGUGUUUAUCACGUGGCUCUGUCGGGGGUCAAAUUUGGAGACCAUUCAGGGCGAGACUGGAGAGAGUCAUUAAAAGUACAGUCUUUGACCGAAUGAUCAUGUUCGCCGUUCUCCUCAGUAUUCUCACCAUGGCCAUAGAGCACCAUAAACAGCCGAAGAAGUUGACGGAAAUGUUGCGGCUCACUAACAACAUCUUCACCGGUAUCUUUGUGGUGGAGAUGGUCUUGAAGCUGAUGGGGCUCAGGUGGACAUACUUCAAGAGCCGGAACAACUUGUUUGACUUUUUCAUCGUCAUCAUCAGCUUGUGGGAGACAAUAUCUAAAGCGGAUGGCCGGUUGUCAGUCCUCCGAGCGUUUCGUCUGCUGCGGUUUGGGAGGCUGCUCCACUUCCUGCCUUACCUGAAGAAACAACUGCUGGUGCUGAAGAGGGCCAUGGAGGACGCCGCUCCGCUCUGCUUGAUAAUGCUGUUUGUCAUCUUCAUCUACAGUCUCAUUGGCAUGCUCCUGUUCGGUAAUCGAUUCGACUUCAGGACUCUGGACGGACACACUGACAGAAAAAACUUUGACACGCUGCUCUGGUCCAUGGUCACUGUGUUCCAGAUUCUGACUGGGGAGGACUGGAAUCUGGUGCUGUACAACAUCAUGGCAGCCACCUCUCCAUGGGCAGCCAUUUACUUUGUAGCACUCAUUAUGACUGGAAGACACGUCCUUCUUAAUAUCCUCGUAGGCAUUGUGAUUCAGGGCUUCCACAACAGGGCCCACGACUCCUCUCAGUCCCCCAGGUCCUCUCCUCCCAUCUCAGCCCCCAAGGAAGGUUCUGCACCUACAAAUACCAAUAAUAGAUGUCUGAAGCGGAUCCGGAGAGCACUCCGCUGGUGCAAAGAGCAUGAAGAGUGGUCAUUCUACGUGUUUUCUCCACAGAACAGGUUCCGCAUCUUUUGCCAGCGUGUGAUCUCUCACAAGAUGUUUGAUUACACAGUUCUUCUCUUCAUUCUCCUGAACUGUGUCACCAUUGCUAUGGAGAGACCUGGAAUAGACCCUGGAAGCAAGGAGAAAUUGUUCCUGAAGAUGUCCAGUUACGUAUUCACUGCUGUCUUCCUGGUAGAGAUGCUUUUUAAGGUUCUGGCUCUUGGUUUGCUGUUUGGGAGCGAGAGCUACUGCCGGUCGUCCUGGAAUGUCGUGGACGGUUUGUUGGUGAUUCUCUCGUUCUUCCACAUCUUAAUCUCUCUGGCCAGUUCGGGCAACAAUAAAAUGCUGGGUAUCGUCAAAGUGUUGCGCCUGCUGCGCACGUUUCGCCCUCUGAGGGUGAUCAAGCGAGCUCCGAAACUGAAGCUGGCUGUGGAGGCUCUGAUUGCGUCGAUCAAGCCCAUCGGGAACGUCCUUCUCAUUUGCUGCGCCUUCUUCUUUUUCUAUGCAAUCCUUGGCGUGCAGUUGUUCAAGGGAAAGUUCCACACCUGUGUGGGCGAGGACAUUGAACUCAUCAUCAACAAGACGGACUGUCUGUCGGCCAACUAUCGCUGGGAGCGGAAGCACUUCAACUUUGACAGCCUGUCGCAGGCUCUGUUGUCGCUGUUCGUAAUGUACUCCAUGGAUGGCUGGGUGAACAUCAUGUAUGAUGGACUGGAUGCUGUGGGAGUGGACAAACAGCCUGUGAUGAACCACAACCAAUGGAUGCUCCUUUUCUUCAUCCCCUUCAUGAUUAUGAGCUUCUUUCUGCUGGACAUGUUCAUCGGUGUGAUGGUGGAAACCUUCCACCAGUGUCAGCAGAAUCAAAAGAGAGGCGAUGAAGAAGAAAGAAUAGUAUCGCAAGGCACAGUUCAAGGUAAGGAGCGGGGGGGGGGCUCGUUGCUGAGGCCGUACUACGAGUCCUACUCCCGCGUGCGUCGGUCCAUCCACACUCUGUGUGUCAGCAGCUUCCUGGACCUCUUCAUGGCUGUCAUCAUCUUCAUGAGCGUCUUGGUAAUGGCUGUCGAACACUACGAUCAACCUCUGUUCAUAUGGAAGCUUACAGAGUAUUCCCACUAUGUGUUCACCAUCAUCCUGAUCAUUGAAGUCCUGCUGAAGCUCGUGGCGUUUGGCGGACUGAGGUUCAUGCAAAACAGUUGGAAUGUGCUGGAUGUCGGUGUCGUCUUGGUUUCCCUCAUGAGCAUCGUUUUACACGAGAUGAGGAUGGCGGACGUGUUUCCCAUCAAUCCCAGCAUCCUGAGAGUCUGCCGAGUGCUCAGACUGGCACAAGUGCUGAAGGCCAAAAAGAUACGCGUUCUGCUGAAAACGGUUAUCAAAACGCUGUCGCAGGUCGGAAACAUUUGUCUCCUCUUCACCUUUUUCUUUUUCAUCUACGCUGCGCUGGGAGUGGAGCUCUUGGGCAAACUGGAAUGCGUGGACGAAGACCUUUGCCUGGGCAUAAAUGAGUACGUCAACUUCAAGCACUUUGGCAUGGCCCUGCUCACGCUCUUUCAGGUGUGCACCGGGGACAACUGGAGCUUGAUCAUGAAGGACGCCCUGACGCAGUGUCGUCCCGGAGACAAGGGCUGCUUAGACUACCUCUCAUGGGUCACCCCGAUCUACUUCAUCGCCUUUGUGGUCAUGGCCCAGUUUGUGCUGGCAAACCUGGUGGUGGCGGUGAUCAUGCAAGCCAUGGAUGACAGCAACGAGGUACAGGAGGAAAAUAAUGCAAGACGCUGA